CGCAGGGCUACGCUGCGUACGUUAGUCCUACGCUGUCAGCGGAGUUCAACGGCGGUGUAGUGAAGAACAGCGGUCACGUGGUGUCCCAUUCGGCGCGUUGCUGGCUGAGUAGUGAAGUGUUUGAAGAUGAGUGUGUCCAUAGACGUGACAGUGCAGGAGGGCGAAGGAAGCAGUGACCCGGCGGUCGACCUUGCAGUGUUCCUGUGCCGCAAAUGUAAAUUACCGCUGGGGGACACCGGAGACUGGGUGGAGAAGGCGGAGAACGGCGACAUCCUGCUGAGCGCUGUUACAGAAAAUGUGAAAAUUGACGUGAACAAGGCAGUUUCUUCAUUUAUUCAUGAUGCUUACAGCACUGUGCAGACUCUUCAGUGUAAAGGCUGUAAGUCAAUUGUUGGAGCAUUGUAUAUAGCUACACCAGAACAUCUGGACUACAAGCGUGAUUUGUUCAUCUUAAACACAAGUGUUCUUAAUUGUUAUUUCUUUGCCAAUGCUCACAAACAAAGAGCAAAAAUAAAUCAAACGUCAGUAAACCUGCCAACUAUUCGCUAUAUGGAUGAAAAACUGAAAAAGUGCAAACAACUGUUUGGCGCAUGCGAAAGAGAGGUCACAGAAAUGGAAAAGAAGCUAUUCCAAUCUUCUGAGAACCCAUAGGAAUGCAAUGUGUAGUCAAGUCAGAGUCCGUACUGUAUAUUGUUUAAUUAGUAUAUGUAGCUUUUAUUUGUUGGAAAAUUGAUGCAAUCCACAUGAAUAUACAUAACCAAAAAAGUUUAAACUUUGAGGUUAAUGCACAUGCUUGGUUUUGUUGAAAAAAUGUGAGUAAAUGGGUCAAAGCAACCAGAUGAACCAAAGAACAAGCAUUUGCUCGUUUGUUAGCUGGUCACUGGCCCUAUUACAAAGGGCGAUGUUGGAUAUUUGGUGAAUUAUCGUCCCGUGUGAUAGGACCCUAACUUAUUGUUUAUUGAUGUGAUGAACAUGACAGAACUAAGAAGGCUUUCUGUCUGCCUGAGCCACCGGCAGGUAUGAAUUCUGGAACUUCAGUCUCCCUACAGUUAAGGGUACAUUCCCACACGGCGUAUUUGUUGCUGCGUAUUUUAUUUUCCCUGUUGAAGUCAAUGGGUAGGAAAAUACGCAGCACCAAAUAUGCAGCAAAUACGCAGCAAAAUACGCCACGUGGGAAUGCACCCUAAAUGUCAUGAAAAGGGAGAACCCCUCUAGCCAUUAUUUUAGAAAGUACUUAAGCGUGACAUGUCCUUCUUGACAUUAAAGAGGUAUUCCCAUCUGCAGAAGAUAUCGCAUCAUUCAUAUUGAAGACAUUUUCUCCCUGUUUUCUGGAUAAAGGGGCGUCCCAACAUUUGGGCCCCUUUGAUUUGCUUGUUGUGCCCUAUCCAGUGGCUAAAGAAUAACUUCUGCAGAUAUAAAUACCCAUUUAAGCACUGAUAUUGCACUAUGUUAGGUUGUAUAAGUAUACAGACAGCAUUAAAUAUAUUAGAUAUAUGUUGGCUAAACCACUCUUUGGCCAACAACUGUCUGUUGGCCCCAUUAGAGAUGAGCGAACUUACAGCAAUUUGAUUCGUCACAAACUUCUCGGCUCGGCAGUUGCUGACUUUAGC